CUCACGAGGGGGCAGGUCUGGCACUUCGUGAAACUAGGACUGUUCCAAACUUUUUUUUGGGGGACUUGGGUCUGUUCACGUCCGCCCUGGAGCUUACAAGGAUGGUUCCGCUGGUCACCUAACUGCUGAGUUUCCUGGCACAUUGCUAGCCCCUCAGGUAGAGGCAGUAGGUGAAGUACCAGGCGGCACACGGCUGACAAAGAGCUCAUUGUACGGGAGCUGGACGACAAGCAGCAGGCGGCACAGGGGCUGCCAGGCAGCCCCUUCCCUUUGCCACAUUUGCUGAGGAACUUUGUGGAUGCUGUAAGGAUUGCUGCCAGGAUGUCCAGGAGCCGGGGAUCUGAGGGGCUGGGGGCCGUGCUGCUGGGGCUGCUGGCAGUGUGCACCGUGCUGGGGGCUGCAGGUGAAACAGGUGGUUUCUUGGAUUCAAAUGAGCCUUUGGGGCAAAUGGACAGUCAUGACAGACUCAUGCCAACUCCUCGGGGACACUUUCUGAUGUUUCUGGAACCUGUAAACAACAUUACCAUUGUACAGGGUCAAGCAGCCACCCUUCAUUGCAAAGUAGCAGGAAAUCCACUGCCAAAUGUCAAGUGGCUGAAGAAUGAUGCUCCAGUGGUGCAAGAACCCAAGAGAAUCACCAUAAGAAAAACCGACUAUGGUUCACGGCUAAGGAUUCAAGACCUUGACACCACAGACACAGGCUACUAUCAGUGCGUCGCCACCAAUGGGAUAAAGACUAUUACAGCAACGGGUGUUCUGUUUGUGAGGCUUGGUCCAACGCACAGCCCGAACCCCAACAUCCAGUAUGACUACCAGGAAGAUGGAUUUUGUCAGCCCUAUAGGGGCAUUGCUUGUGCCAGGUUCAUUGGAAACAGAAGCAUUUAUGUGGAUUCCCUCCAGAUGCAGGGGGAGAUUGAAAACCGAAUUACUGCGGCAUUCACCAUGAUUGGAACAUCAACCCACCUCUCGGACCAGUGUUCCCAGUUUGCCAUACCAUCUUUCUGCCAUUUUGUGUUUCCACUGUGUGAUGACCGCUUGCGCAUUCCAAAGCCUAGAGAACUGUGCAGGGAUGAGUGUGAAGUACUGGAAAAUGACCUAUGCCAUCAGGAAUACAACAUAGCUCGUUCCAAUCCUGCCAUAUUGAUGCAGCUUCACCUUCCGAACUGUGAAGAGCUUCCUUUACCUGAGAGCCCUGAGGCUUCAAAUUGCAUGAGGAUCGGCAUCCCAAUGGAGAGGAUGAACAGAUAUCAACAGUGUUACAAUGGUACUGGGACUGAUUAUAGAGGGUCGGUCAGUGUCACCAAAUCUGGACACCAGUGCCAGUCAUGGAGUAGCCAGUUUCCACACACCCACCAGCUGUCUGCUGCCGAAUAUCCAGAAAUUGGGGGAGGGCACACGUACUGCCGCAAUCCUGGCGGCCAGAUGGAAGGUCCCUGGUGCUUCACCCUUAACAAGAAUGUGCGGGUAGAGCUGUGUGAUGUGCCAUCUUGCCGUACCAGAGAAAACACAAAGAUGGAAAUCCUUUAUAUCCUGGUCCCCAGUAUUGCAAUUCCACUGGUCAUAGCUUGCCUCUUCUUCUUAGUUUGUAUGUGUAGAAACAAACAGAAAGCAUCAGCUGCUACCCCACAAAGACGUCAGCUGAUGGCAUCACCUAGCCAAGACAUGGAGAUGCCCCUUAUGAACCAGCAAAAGCAACAGGUUAAAGUAAAAGAGAUAAACCUGUCCACUGUAAGGUUUAUGGAAGAGCUGGGAGAGGAUCGUUUUGGAAAAGUGUACAAGGGACAUCUCUUUGGUACUGCUCCUGGGGAACAGACACAGACCGUUGCAAUAAAGACAUUAAAAGACAAAGUUGAAGUGGCUCUUCGAGAGGAGUUUAAACAUGAAGCUAUGAUGAGGUCAAGGCUUCAGCACCCAAAUAUUGUUUGCCUUAUUGGUACUGUAACCAAGGAGCAGCCCAUGAGUAUGAUUUUUAGCUAUUCCCCACUUAGUGACUUGCAUGAGUUUCUCGUCAUGAGAUCUCCACACUCUGAUGUAGGCAGCACCGAUGAUGACAAGACUGUGAAAUCCACCUUGGAACCAGCUGAUUUCCUCCACAUUGUAACUCAGGUAUCUGCAGGAAUGGAGUAUCUCUCAAGUCAUCACGUUGUGCACAAAGAUCUAGCUGCCAGAAAUAUUUUGGUGUUUGAUAAGCUGACAAUUAAAAUUUCCGAUCUUGGUCUCUUCCGAGAAGUGUAUGCAGCAGAUUACUAUAAAUUAGUUGGAAAUUCAGUUCUUCCUAUAAGGUGGAUGUCCCCAGAAGCGGUGGCAUAUGGCAAGUGUACUAUUGAUUCUGAUAUUUGGUCCUACGGAGUAGUGCUGUGGGAAAUCUUCAGCUACGGUCUACAACCAUACUGUGGGUAUUCCAACCAAGAUGUUAUUGAAAUGAUAAGGAAUCGCCAGCUACUCUUGUGCCCAGAUGACUGCCCAGCCUGGAUUUAUUCCCUCAUGCUUGAGUGCUGGAAUGAGUUCCCUGCAAGAAGACCUAGAUUUAAAGACAUUCACACCAGACUAAGAACAUGGGAAAAUAUGUCUAACUACAACAGUUCUGCACAAACGUCUGGUGCAAGUAAUACCACACAGACAAGUUCACUCAGUACCAGCCCGGUUAGUAAUGUCAGCAACGCUAGAUAUGUUGACCUCAAGCCCAAAGGACGGCCAUUUCCUCAGCCACAGUUUUUACCAAUGAAGGGUCAGAUAAGGUCUAUGGUGCCACCUCCGCAGCUCUACAUUCCAGUCAAUGGUUAUCAGCAGAUGGCUGCUUAUUUUUAUCCAGUUCAAAUACCAAUGCAAAUGGCUCCUCAGCAAAUGCCUCCACAAAUCAUUCCAAAACCUGGAUCUCAUCAUAGUGGCAGUGGCUCCACCAGCACCGGAUAUGUAACAACUGCACCAUCAAAUAAUUCCAUGGCCGAUAGAGUUGCCCUUCUUGCAGACGGCAGUGAUGAAGCACAUGGAAUAGGAGAGGAUGUGUCCCAAAAUCCUGUCCAAGAGGAAGAGGUUUCUGUACCAGAGACAGAAUUACUGGGCGACAAUGAUACAUCUCCAUUAGAUGAAACAGAUAUUCAGUCAGAAGCUUAAAUACUCCUUUUGUCUUUAAGGAACAUUUCUUCCAGACUUGAAUAGUACAACAGACUAAUUGUAAUACAUCACGUUUUGCCUAUAUUCAAAAUUAGAGCCAUAAACACUAGUUUAUGAUAUAAUUGUGUUGACAGCAACAACACACAUUUUUGGAAAGCAACACUAUUAUAAAAGGAGAUGUCAUAUACUGUUGCUGUGCAACAUAUGGCUGAGUACCAGAGCACAACAUGUGUAACCCAGACUGUGACUGUAAAUUUAGUGAAAUGUGCCUAUGCCAAUUUUUAAGGACCAGAAAAGAGAACGAAUUAAUGGACUUGUCACAAUAACCCCUUGUCUUUUCAUGAAAAGACAUUUCCCAGGAUUUUCUUGCACGUGAGCCACAUCAGCGAUGAAUUCCUACAGAGAUGUGAAAUGUGACAAAUGGAGCGUGUGUAUCAGAAGCUCUGCAUUUCAGAAACUGUAUUUCUUUUGGUUAAUUCACACCACUUAAUAGAUCAUGCUCUAUAUAUGUUAGUAGUGAGCCAAACAUUGAACUGGUGUACAAUGCACUAACUUUACAAUGUUUUCAAGAUUUUUAUUUUUCCAUUUUAGUUUAGUGUGUAACUAAACUAGAAAACAGACAUCUGAUACUGCUGAAGCACCAGUAAAGAAAUGAAGGUGCCUUAAAGCCAACUGCAAUGGAAUUUGCUCUUUUAAGCCAAAAAGAAGUAUUAGCGUGGGAGGAGAAGGCAGCAGCAUUGUGCAGGGUGCUGUUAUGGUUCUUGCUUUUGCAGAGUAUAUCAUGUACAGUCGUUGAAACAUAAUUUAUGUUCUAUCAACUUUUAUAUACUUUUUUGGAAUUGUUUUGAUCAGAAGCCUUUUAUAAUUUAACUGUUUACAGUGUCAUCCUAGGAGUCAGUUUAUUGUAUUAUGUCCAUGAUUUAACUAUAAAUGUGUAAACAGGUCAAUUCAUUUCAUACCUUUGUUUCAGUAAAAAUCGCAAACUGUACGGUCAGUUGUAUCACAGUGCAUCCUGUCAUUUAAAUUCUGUAAAUUCAGAAACAUGUUUUUAAUAAAGGUUUUGCAUAAAAUGCAAAUUACAUUUAUUUUAAUGUAUGUAGUAUUCCCUGCGAUUAAAGGGA